AUGCUGCGCGGAGUCGGCAGUUUUUUCGCAGGUAAAAGCACUAUUUCUGAGUGGGAGACCACCGAGACCCCGGGGAUAUUGGACGAUGCUCUGCCUCGGGAAGUUGGGAUUCAUAAAGUACAGCAAUAUGUUCAGCAAAACACUGAACCCGAGUCACCCGAUACCGUAAUAGAUAACUCAUCAGCAUCCGCGAAACGACAGCUCGGUAGUCUAAAAGCCCAACAGCCACCCAAACCCCAACCUUUGCGCCGGCCAGGCCCAACCCCGAUAUCGAACCCGACUUCAUCUGAUAAACCUACCACGGCCGACCUCUCCAUGUCUAGUUUCGGACGCACACAUCCGCAGGAUCCUCGAGUUCAUCAGUUAUUUUCCAAGGCUACCAACGUCAUUCGUGAGGCUAUCGAUGUGGAGGAUGUGCUGUUCCUUGAAGCCAGCAUCAGAUCAUUCGGCGGGUUGACUGAAUCAUCAACCCACGCUAUUAAAUCUGCGGACGGAAGUAAAUCGUCGUCUUCAUCUUCUGACGAGACGGAACACCCGGAAAGAUGCGUAAACAGCAGCUGUUCACAGAGAAAGGCUAAACCCCGUUGUCGGAUAUUCGGAUUUUCAAGCUCGUCAGUAGCCAGCAUCGACGGCGACCCACCUUGCCGAGCCUUCUCGUCAGUAUCGGAGGGUUUUCUCGCCAAGCUUCUGCGGCGUUAUCCAAAAGGUAAGAUUUUCAAUUUUGACGCCGAGGGCAAUGUCCAAUCCAGCGACGACUCAAGCGACGAGACCAUCCUGGGCUUGAGCGCGAUGAAUCUGGAAAACGGCUCCAUCGGGUCUCCUGAACAACCGCAAAAAACCGAGUCAUCCCGUAAGCGGAGAAGAGAGCAACUCUCCCGCCUGAAAGAAGCGAAACAGAUUAUGUCCAUAUUUCCCGAUGCCCGUAGUGUGUGUAUCGUGCCUCUUUGGGAUAUGCAGAAGCACCGCUGGUACGCCGGAGGGUUUGUCAGUACCACGACCCCGGGCCGGACGUUUACUAUCGAGCACGAGCUAGGCUACCUCCGGGCUUUCGGCAUUGUCAUCAUGUCUGAAGUGGAUCGAAUGAAGGCUCAACUUAUCGAGAGGUCGAAAACCGACCUUCUAAGUUCGCUCUCCCACGAACUACGGUCUCCUCUUCAUGGCAUCAUCCUCGGCGCAGAACUACUGAGCGAUACUUCCUUGGACGCCUUCCAAGAAGAGAUGCUAGCUUCGAUUGAAACAUGUGGUAGGACGCUGUUGGAGACAAUGGAUCAUCUGCUGGACUUGAGCAGAAUCAACAAUUUCAUCGGCUCUUCGCCAAGCCGCCAAAACACCAAAGGCGCCAUCGCUACGAAUGAUACAACGGCUCUCAACGAUCGAUCAGUGGCGAACCGUGGUCAGCGGCCCGGGAUCGAGGCAGGAAUGAUGAGCAUUGCCUCCGACGUCGAACUCGAUAUCCUUGCCGAAGAGGUCGUCGAGAGUGUCUGCGCUGGGUUCAGUUACCAACAGUUGUCCAUCGCCCAUCACGUCAAUCAGCAAUCAUCCGAACACGCCGAGGUCCCAGACCUUGUUCGGAGACUUGACAGUCUCCAAGCAAUCGAAGACGCCGCUUUCAAACCGCAGAGCCGUGGAGACUUGCUGUCGCUUCUCGGAGAAGUCACCGUAACGUUCGACGUCAGUCCAGCUGUUUCCUGGACUUUUCAUACUCAGUCGGGCGCAAUCCGUCGUAUCAUUAUGAAUCUGCUUGGUAACUCAUUGAAGUUCACUAGUAAAGGUACAGUCAACGUCAAAGUCCUCCAGGUGCUCCAAGAUAAGCGAAAACCUUCGGCUUCAACUAGGGUGAAAAUUAUCGUGACGGACACCGGGCGAGGGAUCAGCGACAAUUACCUUCAAAACCACAUCUUCUCACCAUUUUGUCAAGAGGACAGCAUUUCUACUGGGCUGGGCCUAGGCUUGAGCCUUGUUAACCAAAUUGUUGCCAAGUUGGGCGGGUCUAUUCAGGUUCUGAGCAAGCUCGGCCAUGGGACAAAGGUGACUGUAGUACUGCCAUUGCAAGAAGCGGCCCCGACGUCGCCGACAGGCAACCCAUACUCGGCGGGUUUUGACGAGUUCAGGUCGCUUUCUGACCAGCUGAAGGGCCUUCGAGUCCGGAUUUUUGGGCCAUCAACCGAGCAUAAUGCUCACGCAGAUGGUGACCCCGACUGGUUGAAGGGAACCCGAAGCGAAGGUGCCCUCCUCGCGAACUUUUGCGCGCAGUGGCUGCAAAUGCACGUCGUCGAACACUCCGUCUCCGAACACAUCCUCGCAGACAUGGUCGUUACUACAGAGGCAUUCCUCGAAGAUUUGCUGUCAGAACAGUCUCACGGCGGCAUGUCAACACCCGUCAUAGUCGUUUGUCGUAACUCUUUGGUCGCGCGACAACUAGCCGUUUCGGCGAGAUUCAAGAACAGCGAUACUGUUAUUGAAUUCGUCUCACAGCCCAUCGGUCCUAGAAAACUUGCAAAGGUCCUACUGCUAAGCCUGAGGCGGUGGAUCAAAUUGCAAGCCGCCACGAUGUCCAUUCCAACCCCCUCGUCGCUGGGUACCGUGGAAGCUACUCCCGGUGACCUGGCGCCUGACGAUGGCAUUCGUUUGACGCCAGAGGUCGAGUACUUCUGCAAACCCUUUAUAAAUAAUGAGACAUUCGCAGUCCCUGCCGCUGAGGACGGCACCUCAAAUGACUCGCAGCUUGAGGAGGAUGUUCAAAAAACAGCGAGACUCGACUUUCUCGCCCGAGAAGUCGAUACCAAGAGCGACAAUCUCUCUGAACGCCCAAAGAAAGACUGUGUGUCAUCUUUGGCGCCUGCAGCUCCAACCAAGAUGACCUAG